GCGGACCGGGAGGAGAGACCCAGACCCAGUCAGUUCAGGCUAGACAGUGAUGAGUGUGGGACGUAGGCGCUGGUCCGCGGUGAAAUGUGAGGCUACAGUACGGAAUCGCUUUCUACACGAGACCGAACUGCCGCGGGGCAUAUGUUGAGCCCUUGAGGGAGAACACUAGCACUGCAGAGACCUACUACCACCCACCACAAUGGACCUACAGGGCUUGAGACACCUCCAAGCCCUGCGCAGCUUCAUCGGGAACCUGGUGGAUCAGGCGGAACGGUCUGGAGGAUGCGACUGCCACAAGCCGCCCUCGCUGCUGCUGGUUGGCCCUCCCGGCGCCGGCAAGACGUACCUGGUGAAGCAGAUGAGCAAUGUUUGCGAGAUGCCGCUGUACGGUGUCCACACCAACCAGGUGCGCGGCGCCCCGGCCGUGCGGAAGCUGUUCGAGCAGGCGCGGGAGAACUACCCGUCGCUGGUGUUCAUGGACGACGUGGACACCAUCUUCGCCAACCACGACCGUGAUCCUGAGUGCUCGCCCCUCGUUCAGAACAUCCGCGACGAGCUCUUCACGCAGCUCGGCCCUCGCAAACUCAAGAUCCUAGAUCCAAAGUCCUCCAAGAACCCGACGGACAGCCUAGUGAGCGCCAGCCGUGGCGUAAACGGCGUGGGAGGAAGCCGAGCCUCCAGCCCAGCCUCCACCACGUCCCGGCCCCGACCCUCCGCCCCGCCCGACGAAGACGAGGAGGAGGUGUUCAGCGAUGACGAAUCGGCCUACCCAGACAACAACGGCAUCAUCGUGGUGGCGGCCACCAGUGCCCCGUGGAUGCUCUACAAGGACCACGAGCUGCUGAGUAGAUUCCGCGGCGUUUACCUCGUAGGUCUCCCGGACAAGCAGACGCGAUACAACCUGCUCCGGAACCUCUUCCAGGAUGUCCACCACAACCUUUCUGACAAAGACAUCAUGUUGGUGGCGGAGAAGACCGAGGGGUUCACGCCGGCGGACCUGAUGGUGGUGGUGAAGACGCUCACCUACCGCCAAUUCUCCUUCCUGCUGUCCAUGGCCUCGGCGCGCACCGGCUCCGUGGGUUCCUCCAGCGAUGUGGGUUCCACUGGCUCCCAGACGCCGCUGUCCUCAGAGAUGUCCGAGACCGCAUCCGAGUCAGACCUAGACGGAUUGCCAGAGUCCGAAGGUCACCUGAAGAGGGGUGCUGCCACAGCGGCAGUGGCGGCGGUUGCAGCGACAGCGGUAGCAGCCGUGGCGGGAGCCAUGGCGAAGCCCCGAGGUGGCGCCGUCGAGCAGUCCAACGCCGCCAGCGGUGCCGUGCCCAAGAAAGACAUGAAGCAGGUCAACGGCGUUCUCAGGAAGUCCCUCCCGGGAACCGCCUCACCCUCCUCGGUGGUGAGUGCGGCGGCAGCAGUGACGGCAGCGGCGGCGGCAGUGUCCACCCUCUCGGCGUUGGGCGACGAGUGGGACAGCGACAGCGACACCGACCACGAGGGGGAGGGACCCUACGCCUCUCCGGAGAGCCAGCGGGGCGAGCAGAAGAUGAAUCAGCCCAAUGAGGUGGCCCCGACGCGAGUCAUGGACGACACUUUGGUGACAGCAGCGCCGGUGACAGUGGUGGAUGGAGAGGAGGGUGGGCAGGAGGAGCGGCCACGGGAUGAGCUGUGCGUGCCAUCGCCAGACUCAGCCAUUGGUCUGUCCAAGAGCAAUGAGGAGAUGGAGGAAGCCCACAACACCUCGCGGUUGGAGGAGUCCGAGGCACUGCCCCGCGCCCCCUCAGAGAGCAGUAGUAGUGGAGUGACCUCAUCAGGCUGUGAUAGUAGUGAUAAUGGUGAUGUGAGUGCAAUAGUGGACGAUGCCGCCAAGGAGCAUGGCGGACACAGUGACAAUGAAGUGGAGCGGGAGCACACCGAGGCUGCACCCGAGGAAUGGGGGGACAGGACUACUGGGGAAGAGCCGUCCAGCCCCAGGGAUGCUGCUACAGAAAUGGGCAGUGCAGCAGAGGUAGUGGGGGCAGAGGAGGAGGCAGCGUGUGGCAGCAGUGGUGAGGAACCCGUGGCAGGGAGCCUGGGCACGGGAGAAGAGGAGGAGGAGCGGGUGGGCACGCCGCUGGACUUUGAGCUGCACUACACUGAGCCCGCUGAGCCCAUGCGGGAUGAUAAUUGUGCCAUUGACAGUGACAGUGAUAAUGAGGUGUCAGAGUCUGGGAGGUCGAGGGGUCGGCGUGUGGCCUUCUCUGGCAUGUCCACCAUGGAGCCACUGACUGUGGACGUGGGUGACGUGGGUGGUGCCGCCCCCAAUGUGUCGUUGGACGACCUUCCGCCCAAUAUCACUCUGGCACCGUCCAGCCUGCCGGAGCCACUGCUGCCGGAUGACAGACACCAGGAUGGGGCACCCAAUGCCAUCCUGCUCAGCCUGCUGGCCCGCCCCUCCCCUGCUCGUGACCGUGACAGGGACCGUGACCGUGACCGUGAACGCCGCAUGGAAGAGCCCACCGGUCUUGCGUCCUUCUUGCACCAUGACACUGACCUGGAUGUGACUAAGACGUCCACCCCCAUCGAGCCCAUGGAUGCCCUCACCCCCACGCCGUCCCUCACCCGCUCCCCCACCCCCACCCCCAGCGUGGCCUCCAGCAACAAUGGCACUGUGGCCAGCUCAGGCAGUGGUCGCCGUGCCUCUGUCGGCUCCACCAGCAGCGAGGUCCACAAGAAGGAAGACAGUGACUCUUCUUUUGACCACAGUGAUGGCCACACCGUGCCUUCCUCAGACAUGUCCACGGCAACGUGCAAUGAAACGGGAGAGACGAUGGAGUGCCGUACUGACUCAGAUGAGCGGCUGCAGGAGCUUGAGGACGGACCCGACCAAACUGACUCAGCCCGCGCAAGCGAGUAUGGAGAGGGUGGGGAGGCAAAGUCUGGGAUCAAAGGUGGACUGAACUCCCUCCUGAACCUGGACGACCUUGGAGAGAUCAGUAUCCAGCUUAUCACUCUGGCUGACGUACUCGAGGUUGUUGGGAAAGGUUACAGGAGCAUCUCCGAUGAAGAAAUCAAGCGCUACACGGACUUCAUGGUGUGGUUUUCUAAUGUUGCAAAGUCUGCCUGUCCCCACUCUAAAGAUGGUCGACACCAUCCCAAUGCACCAAACUUGGACGAGAUCAGCCUAGAUUCCACAGUGUAUGACACGCCCAGCAUUGCCAAGAAGAGGAAGGGGCCACUACGCAAAUUGGGAAGGUUCCUCCUUAAAGCACUAAUGUUCAUCCUGGACUGAAAAUGUUAAACUGAAGUGAAUGAUGGAGAUUAGGCUCACACAUCACCUUGUGCAGGCGGUGGCUGUCCACGCCCGCUGAGGUGUGUCAGUGGAGGUGUUGUGUGUGGCUGUGAGGAGUGUCAGCACCUGAUGCAUUCCAGCACCCUUGAAUGCAGUGCAGUAAGUUGCUGAGGACACUCAUCCAAAGGCUGAUUCAACAGGUCCCUUGCUUUUGUACAUUAGUAACAUGUUCUAAUGGGUCAUUUAGCAGCCAAGUCUCAGUAACUUCGUUACAAAGUAAAAAAAAUAAUUAAAUCACGCAUUUAGAUGGUAAUGCAGUCAUUGUGCAGUGGGCACAAGAGCUGCACAACAGGAGCAGCAGUAAAGAAAAAAUAUGUAGAUGAAAUUGGCUUCAGAAAGUUUUAUGAACUUUUCAUUAAAACUAUUUUUCAAAGAUAAGCUUGAUAGGUAAAGCAUUAUUACCGAGAUACACUUGAAAGUAUUACUUACUUAGCCAGCAUUACAUACAACAUAAUGACUGUAAUGGAACCAUUAGUAAUUGCCGAGGUUUGACUUCAAAAGCUGUGAAUGCUCUGAAAGACUGAAUACUCACUGUAAUUGACCUUCUUAUUUUCAGCCUACUUAUACUUUUUUCACCCAGUGCCAUGGCACUGUCAUGUGCUCCCCGAACGCUAGACAAAGGUGAUGACUGACAAUCAUCUGCCACUUUUCUGUUAAUUCACCGAUUUGAGUGGCUGCCUCUGAAGCCAUGAGCUGGGGGGCUUCAGCCACUGGGGUGUGAUGGGCCAUGACAGCUCAGCAUAAUUUAUUAAAAAAUUAUUCAGGCACCACUGUGAUAUCACUAUGAUGGUGGCAUAGCCAAGCCAAAAUUCUAUAAAUUCAACCAAAGGGGAAGCACAGAGACAAUAGCAGAGUAUAUAGCACAAGAAAAUGCAAUACUGGAAUAUCAGAAUUUGCUAUAUUGCAGUAUCUGAAAUGCAAAAUAAGAGACUCAAAUUAGGUAGGAUUCAUAUUGAGCAAUACCUGUUGCUUCUUUUUGAAGUUCCAUAAUUAUAACAAUCAGGGAGAAUAUUUCUUUCUUCAUUACUUCUGCACUCUUCACUCUCAUUAGGGGCUGCAAAAGCCAGGCAAAGACUUUCAGAAUUAAAGUACUUUAUGCUUUGAGGUGAAGGCCACAUGUAAUGCUUAACUGCAAGGAGGCAUGGGGUGCCGAGUUCAGCUUCAGGCCAAACUGCAAAGAUUAUGUACAUAUAUACAUUGGCAUUGGUUGGCUACUUCAAUGCUUGGGAUUAUUGGAGCACAUCCACAAUGAUAGCUGCAGGGGAUGGCAGGCAGCCACUAGACACUCAGCCCUUGCCACUCUCUGCACCAUUGGACAACACUAUUGUGUGCCGUAAAAGACAUUUUUGUUGAAACCAUGCAUAUGCAGAGGCCUUGCUCAUAUAUAUGUAAAUAGUGCUGUGUUGAUAUGACUGUGUUUGGACAAUUUAGGCAUUGUAUUUACAGUGUUUUCAUAUAAAUGACUGGGGUAUAUGCUUACAAAACCUACUUUAAAAGGCAUACCUUUGGUAACUUAUGAAAUGGUGUAUGAUUUCAUGCAUUUGAUUGUCAUGAUCAUAAAUUGUGUUGUUUUGAGUAUUGUGUUUUACAAGAUUAUUUGAUAACUGAA